GCAAAUACGCGGCGAAUCUCUGGUCAUGGUAAGGAGAGAACGAAUUUCUUUACUGUUUGCAGCUAAAGCCGCUUAUAAUUUGCCACUCGGUUCUGCUUUGCGAUAUCGGUGCUAUUCUGCUCCUGAAAAGUUCACAAAUUUCGCUAAGAAAUAUAAGCAACAAUCAAAUUUUUUAAGGAACUUAUUCAUAUAUUGUUCCUUUACCAUUGCUAUUGCGUUGACAAAAAGGUUGCCGAUACCAUUUUAUUGUUGUGUUAAUUGUGUUCGAGUAAAAGUAAACGCGUGGCUGAAUGGAUUUGGUUAUGUGAGUCUAGGUAUUAGUUUUAACAACCUGUGAUUUUGCGAGUGGCAGUUUUGGAUUAGCUGAAGUCAUUAUUGUACGGAUAAACAGUGAGAUGCAAUGGUUGCCUAAAAUUUAUUUGAUGAAGCGUUGAAGUGUAAAUUCACCCAUGGCAAAGUAAUAUAUUUCGCGAAGCUGAACUAGUCUUAUACAUUAAAUAUACGCAUCCAUAUUUGGCACGGGAGGAUAUAUAUAUGGUUUACACUCGAUCGGCGAUCUCUUCCUUGCUCAAACAUGAAUCGUAGCAUUACAAAUUAUUACAAAAAGAUGGAAAAGGACCGGAGUAACAACAAUGAUAUAAGUCAUAAUAAUAACUGCCAAAAUAAUUGUCAUAAAAGCAAUAGCGAUCAUAAGAGUUAUAAAUUGCAGAAUACCUCAAGAAACAGUCAAAGACAACAGCCGUACAACAUACAAAACCGUUGGAAAUUCUCGGCAAGCGUUAGCAAUAUUGAAUCUACUGAUAAGACUUGCGACACAAUAUCUCCGUUUGCUGCAACGUCGUCUAAGUUGCUGCCAUCAAAAACAUCAAGCUCGCUGGAAUAUAUGCGCCAGCCACAAAAAUCACCACCGUCUUCUACACUGACAGCGUCAGAAACUGCAGUGUUGACAACCAAGAGUGCUGCAGUCUUCAAUGUGGAAACAGCUGGUGCUUCUUCAACGUCGCCAUCGUCAUCAUCCGUAGAUUCAGUUUUGUUACGGGGAUGGUCUUCAAUGCCCACCACUUCAACCGAUACCUCGCAUUUGCUCACCAAAAUUAAUAGCCGAAACGCUACUAGGAAACGUAAAAGACAAGAUUCAAUCAAUGAAGUACAAGUAGAUCCCGAUCUUGGCUCUGAACCACCAUCGGCUAAGCGCAAGCAAGCGCUUCCCUCACCAUACAAAAGCGAUGCCAGUUCAAUGGCUUCGUCCAUGUAUCCAUCGCCUGUCGACAUGUUUGUCCACGAAAUCGACACUCACAGUUCCUGCGACUACCUGCCUGCAGAAGCGGACUUUGAUGCGACUGCUGAUUGCAUACCCGACAGUCCGAACAGUCUACGGCAAGAUGACGAUGAUGUCGAGGAAGAAGAUGAUGAAGUUGUGUCUGCAACGACAUCGCCAUCAAUCUGUUCCGUAGACAGUUCUAAAGGAACGCAUCACAUAUACGAGAUGCAUACCAUCAACCAAGUAGUCGAACGUACCCCCGGACAGAUUACUCAAAUGGCAAAUAAAAUUGUUGCGAACCCAAGUAACGUGACGGUAAUCCAGACGUUGGACGACUAUACGGGUACGCAAUUCAACUGUAUGACUCCUGGUGCGGAACCAGAAGAGCUCCGACAGUGCCCUUUGCCAUCAUUAAGUUGGGCAAAUGCCGACGAUGUUUGGCAGCUGAUGUGCAAAAAGGACCAACAAGCAGCCUGCUUGCGGUCAGGUUCAAUGUUGGAGCGCCAUCCCAGCUUGCAGCCGCGUAUGCGUGCAAUUUUGCUUGAUUGGCUAAUUGAGGUGUGCGAAGUGUACAAACUACAACGGGAAACGUAUUACCUGGCAGUUGACUACUUGGAUCGCUAUCUCAGCGUGCAAAAAAACAUACAGAAGACACAUCUACAGCUGAUUGGCAUAACAUGUUUGUUUGUUGCAGCGAAAGUAGAAGAAAUUUACCCGCCAAAAAUUGGUGAAUUCGCCUAUGUGACGGACGGCGCGUGCCAAGAAUCAGAUAUCUUACAGCAUGAAGUGCUAUUACUACAAACGCUGGAAUGGAGUAUAAAUCCCGUUACACCCAUGGGAUGGCUUGGCGUCUAUAUGCAACUAAACGUUAACAACAGAACUCCUGCGUCAUUUAAACGUAUUACGUGCAAAACCAAAUCAGCGGCAUCAACUGAGGGUGAAGAGGACACAAACGAUGCCUUCAUUUAUCCACAAUUUUCGGGCAUGGAAUUUGUGCAAACUGCGCAGUUGCUAGAUUUGUGCUCGUUAGAUUUGGGGAUUGCCGAAUAUAGCUAUUCGAUCAUAGCUGCGGCCGCCAUGAGUCACACCUUCAAUAGAGAGAUAGCACUACGUUGUUCUGGGCUCGAUUGGGAGGCGAUUGACCCAUGUGCGCGCUGGAUGCAACCCUUUUUCCAAGUGGUGCGCGAAGAGUCAACAUAUCUUGCACUGAUGGAGCAAAAUGAUCAGGUCACAAAUCGAUUCGGUUUAGCCCACAUUUGCCCAAAUAUUAUUACAGAUGAUUCGCACAUUAUACAAACGCACACAAUAUCAAUGGGAAUGUUUGAUCGCAUUGCCCAACUACAGCAACAUAGCUUAGCAAAUAAAAUCUGCACGGAAGCAUCGCCAGCUACAGGUUUGCUAUGCCCCGAGGGCUUGUUGACACCGCCAGCGUCUAGUCGAAAGCCGGUUGAUGCGACAGAUGUCGAUGAGGAUCAUGAUCCGAAUUCCGUUGAACGGUUAAAAAAUAUGGCAACUGUAACAGGCACAAAUCCUGUCGGCAAACCUAAAAGCUCAGCAAAUGAAGUGAAAAUAGGCGCAAAAAAACCGGCGCUCACGUAAACCUCAAGCAAAAUACUUAGUAAAUCCUAAUAUUUAUAUAGUAGAUUCUAAUCAAGUAAAUUAUUAAAAAUAUUAACGCAUAUUGCUAACAAAAUUAUUACAUCUUUUCACGUUUAGCAAAAUGAAAAUAUUUAAGUAGUAGCCAUUAAUGUAGUUCAAUAUGAAAAGGAAAUACUAAUGUUUUUAUGAACACAUUUUAGACAUUUAAGUAACAUGUAGAUAAUUAAUCAUAGUUAAGGUAAUUAGUAAACCCGUUAUUUUUAAAAAGAGUUGAGAUGUGUUUUAGAGUAAAUGGUUGAUUGUACCGUGUUUUUUAAGUGUUUUUAAAGUAUGAUGCCGUCUCAAAUGUAAAUCGUAUCAUACUUUUAUGGUGCAUAGCAUUUUCUCCGCAAGACCACAUUAGAUCAACAAACAAAGCGUGAAAGAAAAAUUGCCAAUGGUCUUUUUGCAAUUCCAGCAUUUUUAUUGCCCAUAUCCAAAAAACUAAUACCACUAACAAUUUCACCAUCAAAUCAAAUUCACAUAAAUAUAUUCAAAACUGGUCAAGUCGCAUUUCUUAUGAAUAUUUUUGUUACUCACACACUAAAAUAGUUUUAAAUAAGCGAGGGACUUUCAUUUUCUUUCCUUUCACAAACCAAUCGUGAAAUGAAAUAUCAACUGUAAGGUACGCGUGCUAUUCGACGGCAGCUAUGGAAGACGAGUUAAUACGUAUCGUAAAUACAUAUAAAUUAGCAUUCCAGAGAGAAAGGUUUGACUUUUUUCUUAACUAAUAUUUUUGAUUGAUCAUAGUCUUAUAUACAUAUGUAUGCGUCUUGUGUAGCUGGUGUUAUGCAGUCGUGCGUUCCUAUUUUGUAAAUUCACAGAAUGAUGUAAAAAAUUAUCUUAAAUUAUAUUUAAAGAAAAUCCUCAAAAGGAACUGAAUUGGUAUAUUUAUAUAGUGAAAGCGUCAAAAUUUCCAAAUAAAAAACAUUUAUAUUGAAAAAACACA